GUUUUGUUUUGCGAAUAAUUUUGGCGCCUCAAGUUAGCCGAUAAAGUUGGGAGUAGUACACUAGUAGUAUACUAGUAGUAGAGUGAGCUCAAGACAAGAAGCAGUAGCGAGUCCAAGGCAAGGCAAGGCAGGCGAAAGCAAAACAAGAAAUGGCGAAGCCGAUAUCGAUCGAGGUGUGGAAUCCGAGCGGAAAGUAUCGCGUGGUGAGCACCAAGUCCAUGCCCGGCACCCGCUGGAUCCGCCUCCUCGCCGACAACGACUGCCGCCUCGAGAUCUGCACGGAGACGAAGACCAUCCUCUCUGUCGACGACAUCCUCGCCCUCAUUGGCGAUCGCUGCGAUGGUGUCAUCGGCCAGCUGACGGAGGAGUGGGGAGAGGUGCUGUUCUCGGCGCUGAAGCGCGCCGGCGGAACAGCCUUCAGCAACAUGGCCGUCGGGUACAACAACGUCGACGUGGAGGCCGCCAAUAGGAACGGCAUCGCCGUCGGCAACACGCCUGGCGUUCUGACGGAGACGACGGCGGAGCUGGCCGCGUCUCUGUCGCUGGCGGCGGCGCGGAGGAUCGUGGAGGCAGAUCAGUUCAUGAGGGCUGGCCUCUACGACGGAUGGCUCCCGCACCUGUUCGUGGGGAACUUGCUCAAGGGUCAGACUGUGGGAGUCAUCGGAGCUGGUCGAAUCGGCUCAGCUUACGCAAGAAUGAUGAUCGAGGGCUUCAAGAUGAACUUGAUCUACUACGACCUGUAUCAGUCCACGCGCCUUGAGAAAUUCGUCACAGCUUACGGGCAGUUCCUGAAAGCAAACGGAGAGCAGCCUGUGACAUGGAAGAGAGCCGCCACCAUGGAGGAUGUCCUCAGGGAGGCCGACGUGAUUAGUCUGCACCCUGUGUUGGACAAGACCACUUACCAUCUGAUAAACCCGGAAAGGCUGGCCAUCAUGAAGAAGGAAGCGGUUCUUGUGAAUGCAAGUCGAGGACCGGUGAUUGAUGAGGUAGCACUGGUGGAGCACCUCAAGGCCAACCCCAUGUUCCGCGUCGGUCUUGAUGUGUUUGAGGAUGAGCCUUACAUGAAGCCCGGCCUCGCUGACAUGAAGAAUGCCGUCGUCGUACCUCACAUCGCAUCUGCCUCCAAGUGGACGCGCGAAGGAAUGGCAACACUUGCUGCUCUAAACGUUCUUGGCAAGAUCAAGGGUUAUCCGGUUUGGGGGAACCCGAAUCUAGUGGAGCCAUUUCUCAAGGAGGAUGCAACGCCGCCAGCUGCUUGCCCCAGCAUUGUUAAUGCCAAACAACUCGGCCUGCCAUCGUCAAAGCUCUAAGAACUGGAGCUCGGUCCAUCAUAUUAUAUCUGUCGGUUCAAGAUCAUACUCCACUACAUGAAGUCUAGAUCGAGGUGCAUAUGCUUGCUGUUCUAGCGGAGCGGGCAACAAGCUGUCAGCCAGACUUUUGAUAUCUAAUUUCACACACACACACACACACACACACACACAUAUAUAUAUAUAUAUAUAAUAUACUAGCUAGCUUCAAUUCCUUGUUAUUAUACCACUAGUACGACUGUAAUUUUGUGAGUCUUAAAACAUGCGAGCUACAUGUAUGUUAUUACACCCGUACUAGCUACUACUGUAGAUUAAUUACUGUUACGAAAUGAAGAUACCCUAGCUGCCUGUUUGGGAAA